CUGCUGGAGAUGAUACACGCGCGAGAGGAGAGUGACACUGGACUUUUCUUAUCUGAACGUACACUACAUACAAGGAGACAUGGCAUACAGAGGACUUGUUUGGCGAUCUUGCGGAUUUGGCUUCUUGUAAGCUUUACUGCACGCGUUUCUGGUUCGUAAAGCUCUGUGCGUCAACGCUCACGCGACAGAACCGUCACAACAAAUUGAUGGGGGUUGCAAUUUAAUUAAGAUCCUUUUUGGAUCACUUUUUAAACAAAGAUUUCGCACAGGUGUCACGUGAACGCCAACGCUCAUCACGGACUUUCAUUUUGGAUUGUCACCUUGAAAACAUUUGGACGGAUUUGAAUGAAAUGGAGUUGCGGACCUUCACCUGCAAAGGACACUGAGGGGUUUUGGACCACUUAUUUUCCCACCAAACAAGUGGCGCUUAAAACUGAGCUGAUUCCGAAGCAGGGGGAACUUCAUUUUUGGAACCUUCCAGCAGCGAAUCAGCGGAGUAUUCAUGAAUCAAUUUUUCAAUUACUACAAGAUGAGGCUGAGAGCAUCGAGGUUAGGUUAUCUAUUACUCCAGUUCACAGCAGUUUGCUUUUACGCACAGAACACAGUGCAGUCUCCUCCGAAUUUCAAGCACCACGUCACCGAGCAGAGUCGGCUGUCGGACAGGAUGAGCCGCCGGUUGACUCGAACCUACCAACUGUACAGCCGGACCAGCGGGAAGCACGUCCAGGUGCUGUCCAACAAGAGGAUCAACGCCAACGGAGACGACGGAGCGGCGCACGCUAAGCUCGAGGUGGAGACGGACUCUUUUGGGAGUCGUGUGCGGAUCAGAGGGGUGAAGAGCGGAUACUACAUAUGCAUGAAUAAGCGAGGGAAGCUGAUUGGGAAGAAGGGAAGAGGCAAAGAUUGCAUCUUUACGGAGAUUGUUCUGGAAAAUAACUACACAGCGCUCCAGAAUGCCAAAUACGAGGGCUGGUACAUGGCUUUCACACGCAAGGGCCGUCCAAGGAAGGCCUCAAAGACCAAGCAGCACCAGAGAGAGGCCCACUUCAUGAAGCGGCUACCUAGGGGGCACUUGCUGAGUGAGAGAAGACCAUUUGAUGUUCUUCCACUCUCUGGUCUUCCUUUAAGCAAGCGGACUAAACAUUCCCAUCAGCAGCGCUCAGUGGGCCGCUGAGGGCCAACAACAUGGACAAAUCAUCACGGACAAACCACUACGAGAGGGGAAAAAAAACAAAAACUAUUCACCUUUCACAGUCAAAUGCCACUUUAUCUCUCAUUCGGUGGACUCCUUUUGUCAUUCUUUGCUCUGGAUUUUGUGUACAUAUUGACUGUCUAAUAUGAU